CUUGUAAAUACGUUUAAAAUGAUGGAUUUUAGAUAAGGCCAAUUAAAAUGAUGGAUUUUCCUAGAAAUUUACAAACAUGAAACAAAUUAAUGUCUAUGAUUUAGACAUGAAACAAAUUUCAGAACCUUUCCUUUUAAUUCUGCCUGGUUUUUAUGUUGCUUGCAGGACUUUAACCCACUCCUUUCUUCUUUAAGCCAAAAUUUAAUGCGCUCAACUGCUUAAUGAAAAUUAUUAAGUUCACUACAGCUAGCUCGCAUUGUAAACAAACCAAAGAAAGUAGAAGACGAAUAAGUCCAGAAGAAAAGAAAAUGUUGGAGCACGCUUGUUUGUUUUAGUCGAACGUACGUACUCCGGACUUGUCCCAGUAUGAUAUGAGCCUAUCUACGUUGCCGCAACCCAGAAGCGAAACCGUGCCUGGCGCAGCCAAUUUGAAGGUUGUACUCGUGCAUAUAUGCGAACCAGUUGUACGUAUGUACGCCGAUUCUUCAGGGUGCACUCGAAUGAUUUAAUUUUAAUUUCAAGCUUCAGAGUGAAGUUUCCAACUACUACCACUGAAAUCCUAUAAGAACUAUAGCCAUCUCAUUGUGAAAUCACAACAGUGUUUUGUUUGUUUGAAAUUUAAUUGCAAGGAAGGUUCUCAUGGCUUCCCCUUCUCCUACUCAAUUUUCUGCUGCUCUGGUUCUUCUAUGUCUUUUGGUUUUCUCAUUUUCCACGACUACAUCUUCAUCUAAAGUUGCAGUUGCAGUUGCAGUUGCUCCUCCUCAAGUAAAUGAGCAUACAAUCUCAAAAUCUUCAGUUGCUGCUUCUGUUGAAAAGGUGUCUUUAACAGUCUACUACAGUUCUCAAUCUGUUAGAUCUGCAAACUUCAUCGCCUACAACCUAAUGAAAAUUCUCGAAAACGGGCUCAUUGAUUUUGUUGAUCUUAAACUAGUUCCUUUCGGAAAAUCUCGUCUAUUGAAAAACGGAACAAUCCUCUGCGAGUGAUAAGGGUGUAUGGUUGAUUGAUACCACUUCAUGAUCACCUGAUUUCUCGAUCAGUACAAGCAUUACUUGCACCACAGCAUCAAUUUAACACAGUGUAGAAAUUUACUGUUAGGGAGUACUACACAAUUAGCAUUAGUCUAUGCAAUAACCAAUUAUGCAGAGUACUACACAACUUGAGGGUGUAUGGUUGUUAAUUAAUCACUAAUUAAUUUAUUUCACUUCAUAAUCACCUGAUUUCUCGAUCCGUGAUAAGGAAUACCUCGCAGAGGAUUGAUACCGCUGGGAAAAAAACAACCAAAGAAAUCAGGUGGAUCGAGA